AUGGUAUCUUCUCAGCCAUGGCCGCUAAUCUCUGCAAUAAUUUGUUUACUGCAGUUAUCCGAAGUAACAAAAGUGAAAUCCCACUACGAAGCUGAUAAAAUCUCAAGUUUACCUGGCCAGCCCAAGGCCAACUUCCGGCAAUUUUCCGGCUACAUUGCUGUCGGUGAAAAACCGGCAAGAUCCCUCUUUUACUACUUCGUGGAGGCAGAAACUGAAGCUGCUUCAAAGCCUCUUGUUCUCUGGCUAAAUGGGGAAACUGAUUAUUGUGGUUAUAUUUUAACAGCGGCAAACAUGUUGUACUUGGAAUCACCGGCUGGAGUUGGAUUCUCGUAUUCUGCUAAUAGUUCUUUCUAUGAAUAUGUCGACGAUGAAAUGACAGCUAGAGAUAACCUUGCUUUCCUUGAGAAUUGGAUCGAAAAAUACCCGGAAUUUAAGAACAGAGAGUUUUACAUCACAGGAGAAAGUUAUGGAGGGCAUUAUGUUCCUCAACUGGCAAACCUCAUUAUCCAGUCAAAAGCUAAGCUCAACCUCAAAGGAAUUGCAAUUGGAAAUCCUCUUCUGGAAUUCAAUACAGACUUCAACUCGAGGGCCGAGUAUUUGUGGUCACACGGGCUGAUAUCUGAUUUCUCAUAUAACCAGUUCACGUUCGUCUGCAAUUAUUCCCAAAUCCGAAGGCAAGCUGUGACCAAAACUCUAACACCUGAAUGCUCGAGGGUGAUAAAACAGGUCUCGUCCGAGAUUAGUAGAUUUGUGGAUACCUAUGAUGUCACUCUCGAUGUUUGUCUUUCGUCUGUUGUGCUGCAAUCUGAGGUUCUCAAUAAAUUGCAGGAUGAGCCAAAGAUAGAUGUAUGCGUAGAGGAUGAAACUGACGUGUACCUGAACAGAAUAGACGUGCAAACGGCUCUUCAUGCUCGUCUUUUUGGAGUUAAGAGAUGGAGUAUUUGCAGCGAUGUUCUGCAGUACAACAUGCAAAAUCUAGAAACACCGACCAUCGGCAUUUUAGGAUCACUAGUCAAGUCCAACAUUCGGGUCUUAGUUUACAGUGGGGACCAAGAUUCGGUUCUUCCACUGAUAUCGACACGAACGCUUGUUCAUGGUCUGGCAAAGGACCUCGGUUUGAACACCACACAACCAUACAGAGCUUGGUUCGAGGGUAGACAGGUUGCCGGCUGGACACAAGCCUAUGGUGAAUAUUUAUCGUUUGCCACCAUUCGUGGAGCCUCACACGAAGCUCCCUUCUCGCAACCCGAGAGGUCGCUCGUCUUGUUCGGCUCGUUUGUUGGGGGAAAGCCAUUGCCGUUAGCAACGGGCCUAACGGCAUAG